GUACAUUUCUAUGCGAAUAAGAAUAUUUGUUUCGGUGGAAUCGAUUGUUGUUGAACUACUAAGUAUCGUUAUUCGCAUUUGAACUAUCGAGGAGUUUGGCCCCUUAGUUCUCCGUAACAAUUUCCGUCAUGUGGAUGUAAUCAUAUUGUUUAUAGUUUAUUCGUAUAACUCUCUUUUCGGUUCUCGGUUUUUGGUUUUCGGUUUUUGGCUUUCGGUUAGCUACUGCUAAAUGGAAGCACGUCGCCUCGAGCGACAACGGCGGGACUCGGCCAAGAGCAGUGCAGUCGAAACGCUGCCAUCGACACAGGACGAGGAGUUCCAUUUGCGGCUCAUCGAUCUAUAUGGCAAGUAUCCAUGCCUGUGGAAAACAUCGAUCAGUGAAUACGAAGAUGCGGAACUGAAGCGUCAGGCCUGGCAAGAAAUUAGCAACCAGCUGGGCGCCCACCUGUCGCCCUCGUUUGUGCGCAGUCGGAUUAGCAGCAUGCGCUACCGUCUCAACGUGUACAAGCUGCAAAUGAUUGAGUACAAGAUGAGUCCAGCCAGCGGCAAGCAGCCGGAGAAGCUCUACUAUAUCGACAGGUUUGGCUUUCUGGACGAGGCAAGUGGUUCGCAGCAGCAACAGGAGCAGGAACAAUCGGACAACGAGCAGGCGCACGAUAGAAAGAAGUUGAAGGAGCAGAAGUCUAGCAUUGCCAGCAUAUUCAAGCAGCGCAUGCAGCAGCAACAGCAGCAGGCAGAACAGCUGCCGAGUGUGCUGCAACGUCUCAGCCAGAGCGAUCGUCCCAGUGCCGGCAUCAAGGAGUUGCCGGAAAGCAACUUUGAUGACUAUUCGGACUUCAGCAUUGCCAGCAUUGUCAAGAAGCGAACGGCUCCACAGGGCGCAAUGCAGAAGAGUAUGAUACGUCCGAUCUCAGACUCUAAAUUGGUCGACCGUCGCAAGCAAUCCAUUGGCGAUGAGAUGCUCGGCGCGACUGCCACAUCGGCCCUUGUUGCUCAGGGUCAAAAUCCAGAUAUUGACAAUAUGCUCAAGCAGCGAAUGCAUCGACUAGGCAUGGUCGAAUUGGGCAAAGAGUCGGCAGCUGAAAGCCUCGACAGCCUUGGCGACUUUCGCAGUUCACUCAUCAAUAUACCCAGCGUAGUCAAGAAGCGCAUGCGUCAGCAGCUGCAGAUCGGCCUGACACGCGGCUGGUUUGAGGAGCAGAGCAGCAGCACUAAGCCGGAAUCCCAUAUCAGCAUAUCUACGACUGUGACGGCACUCCGUGCAAUGCCCGGCGAUUCAGUGUCUAAAACGAAGGUGGCCAAGAUGUCGCACACACCGAAGCCAGCGCGAAGCAACGACGACCCAAUGUCCGACGAGGAAGAGUUUUAUCGCCUACAUUGGGCGCUGCGCCAGCAGCAGCGCUCCCGUCGCUCAGGCGGCAAGUCGCCUCUGCGGGACCUAAUGCCGCAGCCGGUGCCGCCACUACUGCUCGGCCUCCGCACCACUUCCAGUAGCAACAUGGAGAGCGUACAUGAUAGCAAAGUGUAGUCAUGCAGCGACUUCUACAUAGACUAUAACUCGUCAGAGCACAUUGCACCAUCUUCACCAUCUUCACCAUUAAUUUUAAAUUUUAAAAUAUGAUUACCAGUACCAAUCGUUCCAGGAAGCUUAGCUGAUAUUCACAUAAUAUUGACAUCUACAACAGUUAGAUUUUACUACCAAAUCAAAUCCGUUGGGACAAGCAAUCCAACUUAAAUAAACAUAGAGAUC